AUGUGCAAUAGCGAGAAAGAAUUGCUACAAAGUAAGUGGGCAUUAAAAGUUGUACAAAUAUAUCUGAAUGAUUUCAAAGAUAUUAUCCAUGAUGCUGGACUGAUAACUUAUCAGUUGAGUAAGACAUUGGUUCAAUCAUCGAUUACAAAAAUUACCCAACUUCCUAAGAAUGUUGCCGAAUCAUUGGUUCAAGAAUUUAAACAUUUCUUCGAUAUGGGACCAGUACCAGAUGAUUUUGAUUAUUCUUUUUUAAUGGUUAACCAUUUUUGGGAUUACAUUAUUAUCAAUGCAAAAUGUUACGGUGAAGAUUUUGCGAGUACUUACAUUGGUCAUGUCAUACUGUCAAGGAUGGCAACAAGCAGCAUGCUAUCAUUCAUUUUUUUGCAUAUUUUAUUGCCAAAAUUGACAUUUCUUUUACAUCAGAAAACAUCAAUGCAAACAUUUGGUUUAUCAGAACGAAGAUUUUGUGCCCUCAUAUUAUCAUUUAUAAUAGGAGCAGGUACACAUCAUUUAUAUUUGAAAUGGCAACAACCUAUCCUACCUCCACCACCAUAUUAUUCACAAGCUGUAAUAGCAUUUAUUGUUGAGUUUAUUUGUCCAAAAGUUGGCCAAAAUCGUCGAAAAUUCUUGUUUUAUCCGAUAUGUUCAGCAACAUUGUUAUGCAUUGCAUACGGUCUUUUCUAUCAGCAAUUUGAUUUCAUUUAUUUAUUUUCAACAAUUGUCGCUGUUGGCUUUACAUUUACAAAUUUACAAGGAUUAUUAGGAAAAGGCUGUUAUCGAAGUAAUUAUGCAAUAGCGAACGAUCACAUAACACUUCCAAUAAAUUCCAUGUACAAUCAGUUCAUAUGCACCAUACUUUUUGGCACUUAUGUGCCUGAUAGAGCACCUCAUGAAGCCAUUCCUGAUGCUCUCGAAGAACAGUAUACAAUGAUUACGCAUUGA